AGAGAGCAGGACAUGAUGUAUAAGUACGCCCAAGAAACUGGAUACCCGUCCAAGUAAUGCUAAUGGAUAUGACGUGUCUUUAAUAAGAACACUACCUGGAUAUAGUGAAUCAUGGAAUCGUAGUCAUAGUAACCAUUGUACACACCCAGCACUCGUUAGGCAAUCUGGAAAAUGCUUCUUCUCAUCUUCGACCACCAUCUCUCUCGUGCUUUGUAGUCUCACCAACUUCCAUUCCAAAUGUCCAAACACAAGGACUUUCCUCCUCAGACUGUACUGUCUUCAGGCGUGAGAACGGUUCCCUGGAUACUCCUACUCCCACUCUUGCAAACCCACCAAGCCAACCCGAGAAACGGAAACUGGAAGAAACAAAAAAGACUCAUUCCAUUCAUUGAAUCGUGGCACCACCCAGUCUCCCUCUCCAGACACCAAACACCGGACAAGCAAAAUCAAGUGGGCCGCUUCGCCAAACAAAGAUCGUCACCUGCAUUGCCUUAGUAAGAUAACAACACCACUCACCGCCAACGCCAUUUCCAUUCGCCGCC